AAGUAUGCUAGCUGAAAAUCACUUUACACGAAUCCUUUCUGCCAGAUCACCCCAAAGAGUAACCCGUGAAAAGAGUGCUGAUCCUCGACGAUACAAACUGCAAAUGGCUAAAGGACCACCUUAACACCCAAUCAUCGCCGUCUGGUUACCUAGAUAGUUGCCUACGAGUCAGUUGUCAGCCUGGUCGAUUGAGAAAAGCAAUAUCGAUCGUCCUUCUCCAUAUUCUUCUCCUGCAACCACUCCUUUUCCGAAAUGGAUGAGGUGCACUUGGCCAUAGGAGUAACAGGCGUGGUGGCCCUAAUCGUGAUAGUGGCUAACUCAGUGUCAUGUGUUAGUGGCCGGGUGGCAGAAUACACCGGCCCGUCUAUCUCCGACCUGGUAAUCCGCGGCAGCCCUGUGGCGCACCAGCUGACAGGGCUCGAGGGGGAGCCGUCGCUGGUGGAGGGCGAUGGCAUCAAUGCCACCUGUUCGGUAGUCUGCUGCAUCACCGGGAAAGCUGGCGCCAUCGUUGGACCCUUCCUGCCCCGACUGCCUAGUCUAACGCAGCCCAACGCAGAAGAAAAGGAUGCUGACACGAAGGCGGAACCUGAACCGGCAGCGGGGGCUUCAGCGCCAGUGCAGGCGGUUCCACCGGGAGAGGAGUAAUGGAGAAGCUACGGGCUUUUAGCUUCGAAAAAUCCCAAAAUUGUUUGAAGUCCCAAGUAGGCAGUGGCUCAAAAACUUCACAUUUGUGUAGGCCAGUCGUAAUUCGAAAGAAUCAGGCCUCAUUCUUUUCCUACACUUUGGCUUGAACACAUCUCUUUCGUAAAAUAAAAAAAAAAAGAAUAUGAAAAACUAAGUUCUAAAUUCAUUUCCAAGGCAUAACUUGUAACGCGUUUCUUCAGCAGUGAAAAAAUUCUAUCGAGAUUUUG